AUGUUCUUCCUAUUUCCAGAUCAUCAUUUUAAAGAGAAAAAUCACUGUCGUAGGGUGAUUAGUCCUCACUUGCUAGACGAGUAUGCAUAUUCUCUGGCUAUUGGGGGCAUAAAUUACACCAUUACAGAAGUUGAAGAAUUGGGUGAAUGGAUGAAGGACUGUUUGGAAAACCAUCCGAUGUUCGAAGCACUGACGGAUGAAGAACUCAUGAACGAUCCGGUGGUGAAGCUAUUGACCAGCGCGACCGAGGAAGGCCAAAAUGUUGCCAGGAAUGGUGGGCAGACAUUUCAAGCAAUAUGCAGACGCAUUGCCCCAUCUCUAUGA